UGCACCCAAAGUGCCGUGACGAACAGGGGAAUACCUAUUCAAUUUCACUGUCAAGUUCAACCCAUUUUCUGAGGAUGGUUAGCCUAUAGGGCUGUAGGGGAUCGUGUAAAGAGAACAAAAGAGAAGAACUGAACUACUACGUUACUUCACUUUGGUUGGCAGUGGUGGGCUGACGACCACUUAGCACGUGCGCUCCCACGCAGUUGCACUCUGAAAUUCCUUCUGUCAGAGCGCACCAUCCAAGGUCGCCUUCCCGCCUGUCGCUUUCUUGCUACUGAGACCUCAAAUUGAAUGGCUACGGAGAUGUAGCGAUCUCGUACUUUAGGAGCAGCUCUUGCGGUGCGCGCGGUAAAAUGCGUAAAUGACUUAACUGUAAAAUACAGAUGUUCCGUUUUUUUGGACGGUGAUGAUUCUGACUUUCCACUCUCUGAUUAGUGUUACAAGUCAUUCGGUGUUCUCCUAAAACGGGUGUUGGCAAUUGCUCCGAACAUAUGGGACUGGAACAGCUGCAUCAGAACUUGGAGUGGCGCGUUCGAAGUUGCAUGCGCUGUUGAAUGAAAGAACUAAACUACCAAGAGCAAUUCCUCAACUCUGCACAUUUGUUUGAUUUCAAAAGUGUUUGUUACAUAUUUAUUAUAUUAUUUAUUUAUUUUUUAAAGAAUACGAAUAUUAAUUUUAGACCAACGCGCUUAACGCUCUUGGAGCCUUGAUCGGGAGCUUGGAAUGGACUCCACAAAGAUGACUUUGGACCGGAGCCCUCUGCCUCCCAAGACAAACUCUCUCCAUUCCGUGGGUUUACCUGCCUGUUCACCCAAACGGCGCUUCAUAAAGCUGGGGAGAAAACCAAGUGAUGGCUCUUCACAGUCAGGCUCCUCUGGUUCCAGUACCAGGUCAGCUGACAGUGUGGGCGUGGUAGUCAUCAGACAGCCAUCCAGGAGUCGCAUCCGUCGUCAUACCAACCGCUUGUCUUCUGUGUUCCAGCGAGGCUCCGCCCAUAACGCCACCGCUAUGGCCUUACCCGGGUUACCUGGCAUACCUAGCCAUGCUUGGAAGGAGUCGAAUGACAGAAUUUCUCCCGGGGAUGCAUCAAUGACAGAUGACCCUGCUGAACUGUCCAAUCAGAUAACGGCCCCAGGCAUUCUGAAGAUCUUUGGCAGUGAGAUCUGCCAGGGGGCCAACUACAAGAGUGUCCUGGCAACAACACACUCCAGUGCUAAGGAGCUGGUCAAAGAGGCACUGGAGAGGUACGGUCUGAACAAGGAAGAGGCGGAGUCAUAUGUUCUCUGCGACUCCAUUGGCUACGUGGGUGACCACCAGUGGAAGACGGAAUGCUUCCGGGUCGUCAGUGACAACGAGAAGCCCCUCCUCCUGCAGUCACUAUGGAAACCCAGGGAGGGUUUGGCGAGGCGGUUUGAGAUCCAGAGGAGAGCCAGUGUGGAGGAAAAGAGAUCAAGAGACAAGGACACGGUCACUGCUGGCAUCAACGCCCAGGCUCGUAAACUCCAGAAGAGCCGCUCUAGAGUCACCUCUGCCCUGAUCGAGAGGAGGAGUGUUUAUGUGACCUCUACCCAAGAGAGGGGUGUGUGUGGGGCUCGGAACCAAAAGGACAGGGGUGGGAGGGUAUGUGGGGGCCAGAACAAGUCUGAACGGGGGCCGGGUCUGUGGAGGAGCCAGAGUGAAGCAGACCUCUCAUCCCAGUCCACAGAAACACAACAGAAACACCAACAGAACCCCACUGAGCCCCUUAGUCAGAACCCCAAUGAGUUCCACACUCCCAGUCAAGACAAGAACCACAAUCAGUGUCACAGUCAGGACCAUGAACAGAAUGUGGAACUGAAUCACAAAUUGAACCCCGAUAAGAACCUCAAACAGAGAGAUGGAGAGAGCUACGUUGACGCCAAUGUUUCCCCUCUGGAGGACCCUGGAUCAGAGACUUACACAGAGCCCCUCUGUCCUUCCCCUGAGAUGGAGAUAGAGAGGGAGAGAGAGAGGGAGGAGACAGAGAGCAGUGACGAUAACAUAACACUUUACUCCAUUCACCCUCCCCAAGACUGCCCCUACCUACUGCUGCUACAGGGCUACAGCAACAGACAGGACUUCGUCAUCUACGUGCUGAACGGUUCAAGCACUUUGAUUGGUCGAUGUAGUGGCAAAGACAAGGAGAGGUCAAAGGUUGACUUCCCGCUCUCUGCCCCCGACAUCCUGCCUCUUCACUGCUGCCUAUGUCGUCAUGACCACAACGAUAAAGGUUGUUCCACUGUCCGCCUCCGUCCCUUCCACAGUGCUAUGGUAACACGGAACGGGGAGACGUUGUCCAAAGAGGCAGAGCUUAGUCCAGGUGAUGUCAUCGGGAUGGGACGUCACUACCUAUUCUUGUUCAAGGACCCCACUGCCUGGGUUGUUAUGCAGAAGGUGAAGGACCCCACUUCUUCUCCCGAUCCUACAGUUACCGCUGCUCCCGGGGUUCUGCCCCAGGCCACUACACUCMCUACUAGUGAACCAGCACUCUGCAACACCUGUAUCUCAGCUAGGAGGGAAUCUAGUGGGACCAGAGAAAUAAGGUCUAGAAGGGCCACAGCUUGCCUAAAAAACCCUGAGGGUCGCGACCUGAACCUACUCUACGUUGUGGAGCACGAGGAUGCCGUCGUCAAGGAAAUCGUUGCCAUGGGGAGUGUCCAUAGAGACAAGCCGCCGUUGACUAUAGCAUUCCUACUGAGUGUGUGUGUCGAACAUUCCGCCACACACCUCCAAACCUCAGACCUCCGCAGACUACUGCUGCUCAUAGCCAGCCAGGUCCAGAAUGCCAUGUGGGAACACACCAAGGAGCUUGCUGCUAAUCAACCAGAAGUUCUCUGUAGUGACCCAGAGGAGCAGCAGCCUCUCAACCUGGCAGAACUGGUCUCAGGCCUGCGUACCCUGGUGGUCUGGAUGUCCAACGCCCUGGAGCUGCUGUAUUACAUCCAACAACAGAUGCCCCAAWCACUGGCCUGGAGGUCACAUCGAGAACAAGGGGUGGAGGCAGAGGGAGAGGAACACGAUGACAAGGAGGAUGAAGAGAGGGAGGAGGAGAGUAUGGCCCUGUUGGAGAUGAGGCUGUCGUGUGUGAGGUCGGCCAGUGAAGAAACCAUGACGGUUCUGGAGGAAGUUAUCAUGUUGACCUUUCAGCAGUGUGUCUACUACCUCACCAAGACUCUGUACCCAAUUCUGCCUAGUUUGCUGGACAGUGACCCAUUCAGGGGGAGCAGUGGGCUGCUUCUCCCUGAGCAAAAUGAGCCAUUCCUGGAUAGUGGUGGUGUGCAGGUCCCUGGAGAGACAGACCAGGUCCUGGAGGUACUGACAGAGACCAGCAGACUGCUACAGGACUGUCAGCUCCACCAUGAGAUCUCCUCUCAGCUCCUGGCCUAUCUCUUCUACUUCAUCAAUGCUUCACUGUUCAACACACUCAUGGAGAGAGGUUCAGAGGAUGAAUUCUACCAGUGGUCCAGAGGGGUCCAUAUCAGCGCUAACCUAGACCUGCUACUGGACUGGGCCCAAGGGUCUGGACUGGGUGACUUGGUUGUGGAACAUCUCCACACACUCUCCUCUGCUGUCAACCUACUGGCCACUCCAAGGGAACAACUAAUGCAGUCCUCCUGGGAAUCCCUGCGGUGUGCGUUCCCCAGUCUGAGUCCAGCCCAGCUCCACCACCUGCUGAGAGGCUACAGCCCAGCCACACCCUGGCCCCCACACUGGGCCCCUUCUGAUGAGGAUCAACUAGCUACACAGAACACUGCUGAUAUCCUGGAGAGUUUUGACAGCCACCCUCCCCUGGUGCUGCCCAGCUCUGGUUUCAGCCUGGGGCUCGGGGGAGAGGUGACAGACUCAGGCCUGGCUGGACAGCUCAGGAGGCUGCAGGAGUUUAUCAGCAACCUGUCUGUCAAAGAGUCACCAGGGAACUUCAGUCAUACGCACACGCAACAGGAUUAUGCUGUUCCCACGGAAGCCAAGCUGACAAAAAUGGCAACUCUCCCAAAGGCCUCCCUGGAGUCUCUCGAACCCCCCCCCGUAGAGAAGGUCCUACCUCUGGCCUCUCUCCCCAGCCCCUCUCCCCCAUCAUCCCCCUCUCAAUUAUCUUCGCCCUCUCCCCUUCACCUUCCUCCCUUUCCCCCACAGCAAAGCCCUUCUCCCCCAAGUGAUUUGAACUCUUGUGGGGCCCUACUGACCCAGAAGCUGAAGAGUCUGGAGCUCCAGUUCAGAGAGACAGACCUAAGCCCCCUCACCCAGAGGAGGUCUGCCCUGGACCCCUCCUGCCUCCUCACCCCUCCUAACACCCCCCACAGCCUGGAGCUGGUUGAACCAGAGACUGAGCAUCAGGAGGAUGAAGAGGUGUUUACUCUAGAGCUACAGAGAGGAGACAGAGGACUGGGAUUGGUGGAUGCAAGGGGAGAGAGCAUGAGGAUGCCAACAGGGCAGGGAGAGCAGGUGACAUGGAGGACCAAUGGAAGGCAAACAACAAUAUGAGCGAGUAACCAUCCCAUCUGUCAUGCAGGGUUGAGUGGCCAAGCCCACGUGCCCUUACGACCAAGAGAAAGAAGUGAUUUUAUCAUCAACGUCCUCUUUGGUCAUGACUGUCUUGUUUGGUCAUGGCUGUCUUGUUUGGUCAUGGCUGUCUUGUUUGAUCAUGACUGUCUUGUUUGAUCAUAACUGUCUUGUUUGAUCAUAACUGUCUUGUUUGGUCAUGACUGUCUUGUUUGGUCAUGGCUGUCUUGUUUGAUCAUGACUGUCUUGUUUGAUCAUAACUGUCUUGUUUGUUCCAGACUGUCUUGUGUGCAACCCUAGUCACAGUUUGUGUUUUCCUACAGUAAGUGUUUGCUCAAAAACUGACAUGUUACCAACUGCACACAUGAGAACCUAUGCGGAAUGUAAGCAUGUUUUCACAAAGGCAAUUUGCUAUGGUGGCCAAGGGUUUCACAAUGUUUCAAAUCCAGUAGGUUACUGUGAAAUUGUUUGAGGCGUUAAAAUGUUUCAUUUGUUAUUUGCUGCCAGCUUAUCUGGCCACAGUUUGUCAUCCAUUGUUCCUAUGCUAGGUAACUUUAGCAUAGUACGUUUUACUAUAAGUAAAAUAAGCCCUCAUGCAGUUUGUUAUUACAGACUGCAAAUCUUACCCUUAUUCCGGCUGUUGUUUUAUUUUAUUUUAUUGCAGGUCCACUAUCUGAAACGUGUACAUUGAAUGUGCAAGUCAAGGAAAGUUAAGUUGGUGUAUGGCUGGAUUUAGAAUUCAAAGGGAAUGCUAUACGUAAGCAUCAAAAAAUGAAACAUUUCUAAUUAAUAGUCUGUAUGUGCUAUCAGACCCUAGAUGCUAUGUAUUAGUACAUUUAAUGCUGACUUGAGUUUAACAUUUUAAACAGAGUGCAUCCUGUGAGAAUCCAGUGCUCUGCAUAUUUAGCCCAGAAAUGUGUAUGUUAAAUACAAGGUGUCAUUUCACCUCUAGACUGCUGAUGUCUUUAAUUGCCAAAUAAAUCUCCAAUAGUAAUGAAAAUUCUACAAGUCUACAUUGGAUCGGGGCCAGACUACAGAAAAGGGCCAUUAUCUUUAUGCAAUAAUAUUCAACAAACUGGACAAGUUAUGCAAGUUUUGGCUGCUACGUAAAGGGAAAGGGGGAUACUAGUCAGUUGUAUAACUGAAUGCAUUCACCUGAAAUGUGUCUUCCACAUUUAACCCAACCCCUCUGAAUCAGAGAGGUGCGGAGGGCUGCCUUAAUUGGCAUCCACAUCUUCGAGAACAGUGUACAAGUACAUGUAAAGUUUACUCAAGUUUAAAAUGUUAAAGCAUCGUAUGUGGGAAUUCAGUGCACUGCAUAUUAAGCCUCAGAAGUACUUAUGUUAAAUACAAGAUAUCAUUACACUUGUCUACUGAUGAUCUGAGCCAAUGUAGACUUGUAGAAUGUGUCGAAAUCAAUUUGGCAAGGAAAGAAACAAAUCCAUACUAAAGGGCCACUACUUUGAUGCAAUAACACUUCCAACAAACUGGGCAGAUGUUCCGUAAAUAUCAGCUGCUAUGUAUAAGCACAUUGACUUGACUCAUUUAAAAUGUUAAACAACAAAGCAUGAGAGAAUUCAGUAUACUGCAUAUUCAGCCUCAGAAUUUCAUAUGUUACGUACAAGAUAUUACACUUGUCUACUGGUGACUUGCAUUUUUCAUGCCAAAUGAAUCUUCAAUAGUAAUGAGUUCUAAAAGUCUACAUUGGAUUGGGUCUAAUAAAACGUCUGAAUCUUUAAA